AUGACACACAUUAUUGGAAAAGGCACUUUCAACACUCACGGGAUGUACUGUGAUAAAUCCUUUCUUAAUUGUAUGCUCAAUUCAAAAAAUGCCUACAUUGGAAGAAGGAAGAAUAGUGAAAAAGUGUCUAACCCCGCAAAGAGAAAAAGGGAUAUGAGAAAGAGAGAAAAGUUGAAUUACUCAUCUCUCCCUGAAGAAGGCUGCAGAUCCAAGACUUCCGUUCCAGACUUCAUACAUAUCAACAAUCGACUCUCAGGUCUGAAAAUCAGCGUAAACAGACUCAAACGGGGCAUCAAGAAAACAUGGAAAGCAGUUGAUUCAGGUACUCCUAACACUUCUCUUGAUAAAACUUCUUCUGCUAUGACAAGUACAACAAUUCUUCUUGCGUGUGUACAACUGGGAACAAGAGAGUUUCGUGAAACAUCUGAUAGUGUAUUUAGACAUGUUCCGGAUCGUACUUAUGAUCUUUCACCCAUUCAACGGGAAGAGACAUGGUCUAAAGAACCUAUUGUGAGUAGUAGCGGAAAAUGUGUUAACAUAAAGAAACUCUUUAAACAAUAUGAGCAGUUGGACGAAAAGGGAGCAAUGGAAGAGACUCUUCAAGCAAUUUCUAGGGCCAUACAUAUGGAGGUUAACCGCCGUGUGGAUAAUGGAGAAGAGCCCGGAGAAGAAGAUUCCGAGGACGAUGAGCCUUUGGAAAAUGUUAAUAAUGAUGGUGCUACUAGCUCAACUCAUGAUUAUAAUGAUCAUUCUCCUAUUCAAAAUGAAGAAGCUGAGUCUAGAAACACCACAAUUAUUGAUGAUUCUGAUUUCUUUUCCGAUGAGGAGGAUUUGGUUAUAGAAGAAACCAAUGAAUGUCUUACCAAGAGUUCGAGCGAGAAUGAUGAUACUUGUGAUGCGAGAAUGGAAGUGUCCAGCAGUACCGAGAAUUCUAUAAUGGUGACUUCCAGCAUCAGUGAUUAUGAUUCUUCUUCUAUCUCUUGUGAAGAGGAUUACAAGAUUUCUGCGGCCAAAGCACGUGCCAAGACGGAUCAUGCUAAGGAGAUAGUAAAUAGCAUGCCUCUCAACGAUCUAAAAGUUUCUCAUAAUGAUCUCUCGAAGAGGAAAUCCAGGGAGGAGAUAAUAGCUGAUUAUCAGGAGAAGAGGCGUAGAAUUCAGCGAAAAAUAUUAGAAGCUGAGGAAAAACUCCGAUCUCGUCCUGAUGGUGUAGCCUCAGAUUCAAAUGCUGAAGAAGAGGAACCCGUGUGGGAGCCGAUGGAACGCAGAAGUAAGCCAUAUCCACCGUACAGGGAGAUUAAGCGACUGGUUAAGGAUGAUCUCCAAGCUGAACAUGAUGAAGAGGACUACUGGUAUGCAAUAUAUGGCGAUCUCGAGGAGGAAGAAUUCCCUAGUUCGGACAGUGAUUCCGAGAAAGAAUCUGAAGAGGAUUCCACGGACGAUGAUGAUGAUGACGAUAAAUCCAACGAUUCUGACGAUUAG